UUCUAAGUUCAUCAAAGGAAAUCAGUGUGGGGAAAAAAUAAUGGCAAUAAGCAGAGCGGUGGAGCCUCUGAUAGUCGGGAGCGUGAUAGGAGACGUGAUGGACUACUUCACACCUUCCAUAAAAAUGACGGUGGUUUAUGCCAACAACAAGCUGGUCUCCAAUGGCCACGAGUUCUUCCCUUCUGCUGUCUCCUCCAAGCCUCGCGUCGAGAUCCAUGGCGGCGACCUCAGAUCUUUCUUCACUCUCGUCAUGACCGACCCAGAUGUGCCUGGCCCUAGCGACCCUUUUCUAAGGGAGCAUCUCCACUGGAUAGUGACGGACAUUCCAGGAACAACCGACGCCACAUUUGGAAGAGAGGUGGUGAGCUACGAGAUACCAAGGCCGAACAUAGGGAUACACAGGUUCGUGUUUGUGCUGUUCAGGCAGGACCGAAGGCAGUGCUUAGUGGCCAACCCUCUCCCUCCUUCUUCCUCGUCUUCUUCUGCGAGGGACUAUUUCAGCACAAGGGACUUCGCAACCCUCAACGGUCUGCGCCUCCCCGUCGCCGCUGUUUACUUCAAUGCUCAACGCGAGACCGCUGCUCGACGGCGAUGAUAAAUGCAUGGAUUCUUCAUUAGCUUAGCUACCUGCCCGCCAGCCAUAGCUACUACUACUAGCUAGCCGCGGCCGGGAAAAGAGUUGAUUGCCAUGGAGAAGAAAGAUUGACCGACCACUAGUACUCUACGUACCUACCUAUAAUUGUGUUGUGUUGUGUGCGCGUUUUUGGGUUGAUUGACAAUUUUUGCGCUCGUUGGAGAAAAGAUUGGGAAGAUAUGAUGCGCAUCAAGCUGAUGAUGAUGAUUCUACGCCAUGCAUGAUAUGUUUUUUAAGUUGUUAUGGACGUUAUUGUUCUCUUUUUCUUCCUUUAUUGGAGGAGGACUACUGUUUUGUUGUAUACUUACCUAAUUCCCACGUUGCCUUUGUUGCAAGGGAAUUAGAGUUGUAAGGUUGAGAUAUAUAUGUGAGUUACGGCGGUUCUGGCCAAUAGCUCAAAAAAUAAAAACAAAAACUCGCAAGUUUUUGUUGUCUGUGGAAUUAGGGCAUUCACAUCGAAUUGAAUGAAUCACGUAAAUUGCG